CUCCACAACUCACUGUGAAAUAUGUGGACAGAAUUUUCCAGAGUGCCUGGGGCUGCAGAGCCUACUGGGGAUCUGCAAACUGCCCCAUGGGACACUCCUGUACAGGGCGGACUGACAACUCAUGGGGCCCCCAGGCAAUAGGGGAUCAUGGGGCCCGUGUCCUUGCCCAAACUCAAAAAAGCCUAUGAAAAAAGGUACCAGGGGCAUCUCAUGGGGCCCCCUACUGACCCCGGACCCUCAAGCAGUGCCCGAGUUUCCAAAUGGUCAGUCCGCCCCUGCUCCUGCACACCGUGCAAAGUAUCGCGAU